AUGGCGAACGUAACAACAACACAAACAGCAUUGUGUUUAAUACCGCCCAAUAAUGUUUGGGAACAAAUUCAAUCGAUUCGUUCAAUUCAUGACAAAGCUUAUCCACGUUGGAUGCCACAUAUUAAUCUAAUAUAUCCAUUUACACCUGAAAAAAAUUUCGAUAAUAUUAAAGUACAAUUAGAACCGAUCCUUAAUCGAAUAAAACCAUUUCAAAUUCAAUUUGAUGCAUCAUCAUUUCAUUAUUUUCAACAACGAGGUGAUGAAUGUACAUAUCAUUUAAGACCAAAAAUUAGUACAGAUGUUGUUGAACUUCAAAAAUUAAUUCAAAAUCAAUUAUUAAAUUUAAUUAAAAAUAAACGUCCAUUUGAAGCACAUCUUACACUUGGUCAAACAACAGGAUCAAAAAUUUCCGAUGUUCUUAUUGAAAUGAAAGCUAUAUGGAAAACAAUUGAAUUUACUGUUGAUCGUGUCUAUAUGAUUAGUCGAGAAAAUCAUCCAGAAAAUUUAUUUACAAUUAAAAAUGAAAUUCUUUUAUUAGGUCAAGAAAACGAAUCGCUUCCUCUUGCAAUAUCUAAUUUAACGGUAAAUCCUAGUAAACCAUUAGCCGUAAAUUAUCUAUGUAUUAUUUCACCAAAUCAAUUUUCUUCACAUCUUCUUCAUUUAUUUGAAAAUACAUCAUUGCAACCAUGUAAACCAUUUCGUAUUAUUCUUGCUGAAUAUGAAAAUGGUCCUAUCGAUUCUGAUUUGCGUUCAAAACUUGAAUCAACAACAAAAUUUACACUCGAUUUUGGAUCAGAUUCAAUUGAUUACGAUCAAACAACAUCACGUCUUUUUCUAAAACCAACUAAUAUGGAAUCAAUUCAUCGACUAAAUAUACUUGAUGAGAGUAAAUACGAUGGUACGUUAACGUUAGGUGAAAUACAUGAAAAUGAUUUCGAUAAAAUUAGUGAUCGGUUUGUAAAAAGUUGUACAAUUAAUAAUUAUAAAUUUGAAAUUGAUCGAAUACAUUUAAUGGACUUAAAUGGACGAUUCAAAUUUAUUUUUCGAUUAAAAAAUUAA